GCCAUUUCUUUAGGGUACAGUCGUUAGCUUAACUUAGCAGUAGGUAGUGUUAGCCUGCUAGCUAGGAAACUGUUCAGUUAGCUAUUUAUGUAGUUAGCUGUCACAUUGACGUUUGCUGUUUUGAUUCUCAAACCUGUAUGCGGAUACAGAAAGAGCAUCUCUUAUUCAUUGCUUUUAUAUAACUCUUCCAGCAGAAGCCAACUGAGAGGGAACUUAACCUAACUAAGGAAUUUGCUUGUUGUUUUGAGAUGUCCCUGGACAACAGAAAGAGGCCAGCAGGUUCCUCCAACUCGGGGAACUUGGUUUUUUGGUCCUCCUCUUUCCAGCGGCAACCAGCCAGAGUUCUAAUUGUGGAGGCACUGCCACCCUGGUGGUCAGAGACCUGUCCGGUGCUCUGUGAUGCCCUGGAUAACUUCUUGUCCCUGGCUUGUAGUCUGGAUGGACCCUGUAGGAUCCCACUGCUCAGCCCAUUUGUGCAGGUUCGUGGUAACCUGGCCAGGCUGCAUUCCUGUGUGGAGGAGCUGAGGUCUAUUCCAGGUGAAGGCUGUAUCAGAGGAGCAGCCAGAGGAGGCGAGCUGCUGCAACAGGCAGUGCUGGACAGUCUGCAGCAGUUUAAACAGUACAUCAGACACACCAGUCCCAGGAACCAGUUCAGCAACAACACAUCUGUAGAGGUUACUGUGAUCACCAGCCAACCAGGGCGUGGCAUUGUCCGCCACUUGGAAAUGGGGCUCAAAGAUGCUGAUCUGGUGUCACUCAAGCGGCUCCUGGUGGUACAGAUCUACAGUGCAGGAGAGUGGGGCCAGGACACUCCCUCACCUGAGGCCACUCAUACUAAGACUGAUGAGGGCCUGAUGUUGGGAACGGAGAUUGACCUGCAGCAGGUGGAAAACACUGUGUUUGCCAUGGAGACAGUGUUGAAGAUGUGGCUUCAAGAGCAGGGAGGAGACAGAGAGCACCUCCACCUGCUGCUGCCCAGCCCUCUGGACAGUCCCAUUCCAGUGUGUGUGAAGUGUGACAUGCAGGAGCGCCUGAUAAGCCCAGCACUCAUUCCUCUGACCCCCAUCCUGGGAGUAAAGACCGAGAGCAUCCGGGACUUCCUGCCUGUCACUAAGGGCUCAGCUAUUCACAGCCUACAACCACAGAGACUAAGAGCAAUUAAGGUUCUCCAUGCCGACGGAGUGUGUGAGAGUGUAUUGUAUGGCCUGCCGCUGGUGAUCCGCCCCACAACCUGCUGGCAGCUGGACUGGGAUGAAAUGGAGUCCAAUCACAACCUGUUCCAUGCUCUGUGCCACACACUCAGGAGUCGUGACUUAUUCCUGUUGCUACAAGUAGAACCCAUCCAGAGGCCAACAGCUGGAGGCUUAGGUGUGUGUUCUCACUAUGUCCUCCAGCCGUCCCAGUCUCUCUCCCUACUCCUGAAGCCUGUGAGCUCCAGAGAGUUGCUGCUGCCCUGCUCACUGCCUGUCUCAACUCAGGACCCUUCACCUGACGCCAUGCAGAUUUUACAGGGUUGUCUGACCCAGCUGGCAGAGGAGUUUGUACUCAACCCCCUCUCUCUGAGCAGUAACCUCUACCAGCAGCUCAGGAGCAGAGGCCUGUUUUCACAACCACGAUUCCCAUACAGGCUGCAGCCAGCAGCUGCCCAAAGAGACCAGGCUCAACCACCAGAGGGACCUAAAACCACAGCCAGCAGACAGCCUCGGCAGGGUCGCCAAGUGGGAACAAACAGCAAGGUCAGGGCCACUGUAGCUCCCCUGCCCUCUUCCUCCACCUCUUUCUCAGCCAUGAGACCUCCUCCUGCUAAAGCAACCCGUCUGGCUCUGACGAUCCUCAGCAACAGCAGGGGAAGCCGGGCCCUGGCUCCUUCUCAACAGGAGGUGGGCGAUGAUGAUGACUCCAUGGUAAUACAGUAAGAAAACUGUUGGGGGAGUGGAAGAAAGUGGGCCUAGAGAGCAGUACAGUAACCAGGGAGAGAGAGAAGCAUUUACACCCUGGGUGGUUACCCCUUCUUUUCAUCUGUCUUUAUUCUCACCACAAUAUUAGCUAGAUGUGAAUUUCAGAAGCCCUUGUAUGUGUGUGUGUGAGAAAGGAAAGUUUCAACUCACUGCCAUCCCUAGAUUGCUGAGGCAGCAAUACUUCAAAAUCACACACCAGUAACAAUAGAAAGUGGGAGAAAAUAUGAAAAGAGGGGACAAUGGAAGCCUGGAAGAGUCAUGGAAAGUAAUAUGAAUUACCAAAAAAGAACAAAAUGUGGGUGGCGUGGGAGAUCAGAGGGAGUAAAAGCUGAUGAAUGUUUGAAAAUUGUUGUUUGCAUGUGACAGCACACCUACUGACACAUGUUAACACACAGUUUAACACAAAAAAGCAGGAAACAGAAAGAGACUGGUUACAAAAAUACAACAAAGCAGACUUACUGCAGCAGUAGUAUACAGUGACUUACUGUAUAGACAAACACACAUAUGCACAUUCCUUUUCCAUCUUGCCCUAAAGCCGUCUGAACACAGCUUCACUGUUUUAAUGAGACAGAGAAUAAAGCAGCAGACAGAGGGGCCUCUCUGCUCUCCUUCACCCCCCACAACAAGCUCUCUCUCCGGGGUUUGAAACGCAGCAUGUGGAGGGUGGAUGGAAGAACAGAGAUGAGAGAAAACUGCUAAAAAAUUUCAGUAUCUUCAGUAAAACAGUGACAACUUUUCCUUCUUAAAAGGUUUGUGAUGGAGACAACUUUCUUUUUGCAUGUGUGUGUCAAGUUCAUGCAGUAACAUCACUGGCUGCACAACAUUACAUUUAACGAUCAUAGUAGUCAGUUACAUACAUUCAUCAACACUAAUAGUAAUUUAUUCCUCAUGACACACACACAUGCAGGCUUAAUCAGCCUCCCGCCAUUCCACCCCCUUGUCGGACCUUAUAACAUUAGGAACUACCCAGUGGCAAAUGACUUCAUGACACUGUGAUGCCACAGGACUUCUGCAUUCAUGGAUUAUAGCCACAAUGAUCCUUUUGUCUCUAAUUCAACCGGACAUCCUAAACUACCCACUGACAUUUUGCUCACUUCUCCCUCUCCAUCCUUUCCCUCUUCUUUCUCAUUCCGUACUUUCUUUUCAAUCGUCACGAGAGCCAACGUGUGCGAAUGUCAUAAAUUUGUUCAAAUAGAACAACAACAGCUUCUCUGUCCCCAAGAAGGUCAAAGGACUGAAGCCAAAGUUGAUCUGUUUGAACCAGCCACUCUCAGACACACUUCUCAUUAAAUGUCACAACUGUUAAAGAUUAAUGGGAUGUGACCUUCACUAACAAAAGUUAGAUUAUUUGUGUUUCCAAAUUGAUUCAGAAUUGAAUCUGACAGAGACUGUAGCAUUAGCCAGCACAUUUUUAGGUUUUGGCAGAUUUUUGACCCAUAACAGUCAUCCUGUUCCAAGGAAGCUCUUUUUUGUUGUAGGCAGCAUUCAAACCUUUUUUCAUAUUGUUAUCUUACUCAGGUUUCGGUUAAUCUUUCCUGUUGUGUGAUGACAGUCUUUUUAUAACCUAAUGUCACUACAUCUGUAAAGCAGUUGGUGAUAUUUCUGCUGUCUUGUCAUUUCAGGAUCUUAUACUGUAUUUUUGAACUUCUCUCAAGUUCGUAUUUUAGCACUGGUUAUUAACUGUGGAGUAUUAAUGAAUGCACCUAAAGUAACAUUUUGGUGAGAUGAUUAUUAUGGUAACUUCUCUGUAAGGAAAAGAGAGAUGGCUAUACACUGAGAUGCAUCACUGCUGAAUGUAGACAGAGUGAUCACUCUGGUGUCUCCUACCUUUUAAGUUUUGAUUCAUUGUUUCCUGAGGGCGUAGAAAUAACCUUUCACUGCAUCAGUUUGUGAAUACAUGUGUAUAUAUCAGCUCAAUCAGCAUGGACAGGACACUUCCUUGUUAUGCUCCCACUUUGGCUCUGUGUAUUUUUAUACAUAG